CUUCUACCGCGCGUUCACGACUCUGGCUCACUUAUUGCAUGAUGGCCGAGGGAGGCGGACCCGAGUCGGGUAGUGCGGCAGACCCCGAUCCGGAGCCGGUAGCCGCUCAAAUACCGACACCUUCAACCGAAAGUCAAAAGCAGAGUAUUGGAACACUUCUCAAAACAAUUCUACGAAAGGGCGACGAGUGGUUUCUGAUUGAUAGCAGGUGGUUUAAGCAGUGGAAGAAAUAUGUGGGAUUUGACAGCUGGGAUAUGUACAAUGUUGGAGAGCACAGUCUCUAUCCCGGCCCUGUUGACAACUCAGGCCUGUUCUCAGACCAUGAGACCCAGAUCUUGAAGGAGCACCUAAUAGAUGAGCUGGACUAUGUCCUUGUGCCCACUGAGGCGUGGAACAAGCUUGUCUGCUGGUAUGGUUGCCUUGAGGGCCAGCGGCCCAUCGUCAGAAAGGUGGUUGAACACGGUAUGUUUGUCAAGCACUGUAAAGUGGAGGUCUAYCUGUUGGAGCUCAACUUGUGUGAGAAUGACAACAUGGACAAUGYGAUCACACGUCAUUUCAGCAAAGCUGACACUAUAGACACCAUAGAGAAGGAGAUGCGGUCGCUAUUUGAGAUCCCAACAGGGAAGGAGACUCGACUGUGGAACAAAUACAUGAGCAACACAUACGAGCAGCUGAACAAGCCAGACAGCACCGUGCAGGAUGCUGGUCUCUUCCAAGGCCAGGUGCUCGUGAUCGAACGCAAGAAUGAGGACGGCACGUGGCCCAGACAAGCCUCCCAUCCAAAAUCUAGUACGGCCACAUCCAGGAAUUUCACUACCUCCCCAAAGCUCUCCUCCAAUUCGUCAGCAACCAUCUCCUCAACAAUAACUAAUGGGGACAGCAGCAACUCUGGCAGUACACUGAACAACAGCACCUCCUCUGGCAAUAGAUUGGGAGGUUACAAUUCAUACAGCUCAUCCUACAACUACAGAGAGUCACCAUCCCAACCUGGCCUUUGUGGUCUCAGUAACCUAGGCAACACCUGCUUCAUGAACUCUGCCCUCCAGUGCCUGAGCAACGCGUCCCCUCUCACGGAAUACUUCCUAGAUGACGAGUAUGAGGCGGAAAUCAACCGGGAGAAUCCAUUAGGAAUGAGGGGGGAGAUUGCAGAGUCCUACGCAGACCUGGUCAAGCAGAUGUGGCUCAGCCGCAGCAGCUACGUGGCCCCCCGCACCUUUAAAACCCAAGUUGGCCGCUUCGCCCCCCAGUUUUCAGGGUACCAGCAGCAGGACUCCCAGGAGUUGCUGGCCUUCCUGAUGGACGGGCUYCACGAAGACCUGAACCGCGUUAAAAAGAAGCCUUACCUGGCCCUGCAGGAUGCAGGGGGCCGGAAAGACGAGAUUGUAGCUAAGGAAGCCUGGACUAACCAUCGCCUGCGCAAUGACUCCAUCAUCGUGGACAUAUUCCAUGGCCUGUUCAAAUCCACUCUGGUGUGUCCAGAGUGUGCCAAGGUCUCUGUGACCUUUGACCCAUUCUGCUACCUCACACUGCCUCUGCCCAUGAAGAAGGACCGCACUAUGGAAGUGUUCUUGGUCCGCAUCGAUCCCCAGUCCAGACCUACGCAGUACCGAGUGGUUGUCCCCAAGCUUGGCUCAGUGACAGACCUGUGCAGCGCCUUGUCCCGGCUCUCUGGAAUCCCUGCUGAGAAUAUGGUGGUGGCGGAUGUUUACAAUCACCGGUUCCACAAGAUCUACAGACGAGACGAUGGCCUCAACCAAAUCAUGGAGAAGGAUGACAUCUUUGUGUAUGAGGUGGCGGAGGAGGAUGCGGAGAGUAUGAACCUGCCUGUGUACUUCAGGGAGCGCCACUCCAAGCACACAGGAGGCUCCACGGGCACCAUGCUGUUUGGCCAGCCCCUGCUCAUCACUGUGCCCCGGCAGAACCUGGCCGCUGACAUGCUCUACGAGAAGGUGCUGGAGAGGAUUGGGCGCUACGUGACGCGCUCUCAAAGCUCCACCGGUGAGGGGAGGGCCUCAGCCUCUGCCUCCUCCGCCAGCUGCAGCCAGGCAGCAGAGUGCUCAACAACAUCCUCUAAUCGCAACGCUGCAGCGAGUGGGAGUGGCAGCCCCCUGUCAGACGGGGCAUCCUGCAGCUCCAGCAACAGCAGCAACCACUCAGGAACCUCCAACGGGAACGGGGUGUGUGAAGGUGAGGAGGAGGCCAUGGAUCAACAGGUGAGUCCGGAGCCAGAGAACGGCCAGUCAGAGGAGGAGGACGCCUCAGACCUGGAGAAUGGCCCUAAAACCAAGCCGUGCUCCAGCACCCCGCCCAAACUGUUCUCCUUCAGCAUGGUCAACUCUUACGGAACGGCCAACAUCAGUCCACUGCCUUGCGACGGAAACAUCCUCAAACUAAAUACACAUUCCACAGUGGCGAUCGACUGGGACUCGGACUCAAAGAAACUGUGUUAUGACGAUCAGGAAGCAGAGGCAUAUGAGAAGCAUGAGAGCAUGCUCCAGGCCCCGAAGAAGAAGGCCACGGUGGCUCUGAGGGAAUGCAUUGAGCUCUUCACUACCAUGGAGACACUAGGAGAGCACGACCCAUGGUAUUGCCCCACCUGUAAGAAGCACCAACAGGCCACAAAGAAGUUUGACUUGUGGUCUUUGCCUCGCAUCCUGGUGGUCCACCUGAAGCGUUUCUCCUACAAUCGCUGCUGGAGGGACAAGCUGGACACGGUGGUGGACUUCCCUGUCAGGGACCUGAACAUGUCUGAGUUUGUGUGUGACCCAAAGGCCGGACCCUAUGUUUAUGACCUCAUUGCUAUCUCCAACCACUAUGGAGGAAUGGGUGGAGGCCACUACACAGCCUACGGAAAGAACAAAGCUGAUGGGAAGUGGCAUUACUUUGAUGACAGUAGUGUAUCGGCUGCCUCGGAGGAUCAGAUUGUGACAAAAGCAGCCUACGUGCUGUUUUACCAACGCAGAGAUGCGGGUGACGUCCCCGCCAAGCCGCCGCCCUCUUCCCCUCUAGGUGGCGCCACGGCCGACGCCGCCGAAGAUCACAUGGAUACCAACUGAGCAGCGCUGUUGCUCAAGGACAUGACACGCACUGAAGCAAAAAAAAAACACACUUUGUUGAUGCACACACCAAGCUACUUCAGUGACAUAAGACUUCUGAGUCAAUAUUAUUAACUCCCCCCAACCCAGCACACCUUUUGUUUUUUUGUUUUGCUCAUACAUCGUCACCAAGAGCCAAAAGCCUUGUUAGAUGCUUGACCCGAGAGACUUCCUCCCUGGAGCCGGUGGCCUGCUGAUGUGUGAAAUCAAGUUGACUAGUUUAAAUAAAUAAAGAGGAAUAUAAAAAGGCUUAGAAUUCUCACUGGACGAACAGAAUGUUAGAAGUGCACUAAAAUGCAUAAGUAUUAUUAACGCAAACUUUUCUGUUACCCACUAGAAAAGUCAAAAAAUAAAAAAAGCCAAAUCCACAUCUUGUUUCUACCAAAGCGUUCCAAGUUGUACAUUCUAAAGAAAUGUACCAACUGCAUUGACAGACAGGGGGGAAAGGGGAAACAUGCCCUUGAGUUGUCUCUGAUUUGUGUAUGUGAUGAUAACCCUCCAGGGCAGGGGUGAAUUUAUGCAAAUUUGUAUUUAACAUUGAGAUGUAUACAGAAUUCAACACAUGACACUGAUGGAUCCUGUGACCUUCUGCCUCCUGUGAAGAAUGGAUCCAGUCAGAAAGGCACACUGGAGGUGUUCCCUCUGCUACAGAAACACACACAGGCCCCUUCAUUCUAGUCUGCCUCUGGGUUGGCCUGCAGGUCAUUUCCACAGUAUAUAGUGUUCCCUUAAGGUCCUGUUUACUGUGCCUUGAUGUAUGCUGUGGCAGAGGCUUCAUUUUCAGAGACGUGACUUCAGUCAGACCUUAGCGCCUGCUCUUUAUGAAGCCAGGCAUGCUAAUGCUGUCUCUCUCAUACACCCCCGUGCUCUAUGAGAUACGUCUCAUCCUGCUAAAGAUGUGCUGCUCCCCCUCGUURCGCAAAAGCAACAGCGGCCUUUUUAAUCCUGCAACCUGUUUUCAAAAAGGAAGCACUUUAAGUUUUCCUUUAGUUGCAUCUGGAAUAAUACAUCUAUGAAUGACAUGUGGCAAGGCCCUGACCACUCAUACAUUUCCAGAUAAYAUGGCUGUACUUCCAAGCAUAUUUGAUUGCUGACUGAAUGGACACUCCGACUGCCAGCUAUGGCCUGUCCUUAGGCUACCUGUCCUGUGGUAUUACAGUCCUGCAUUGAAAUCUGACAUGUAUGAAAGUGGUGCUAAAUUUGAGACUUGAAAUUAUUGCUGUUUGUGAUAAGUCUCCAAUCCAUUGUCAAAUAGAAUUUGGACAGCAAUAACUUAAAGGCAUCCUCAGUUUGUUAAGGACUGCAGGCAUCUGUAGCCAUGUUCUCACACAAUGGACUCUCAGACAACCAAUCAGCUGUUAAAUAAAAUAUAUAAUAAUGACAUGACAUCUUGCUCGUCAAUGGAUGGAAAAAGGACUCCUAUAAAUCGAUCUGCUUGUAUGCUGUCGGACUGUUGCUACGUAGCUCUAUAUUCUUCACUGAUACAAAUGUGUCCCAUUAAAUACUAGUAGUCUUCAGUAACAGCUGCUCGGCUUGUGGGGGGCUGGUGACGGCAACACAAUACAUGUCAGGAACCAGUGCCUCUGAUACCUUCUCCAGAUUCAGCACCCUUCCGUAGAAUUUCCCUGUGUUGCUAAGUGUCUUGUAAAGGUUGAUACAAGAUACCAGUAACUACUUCAUGGAUGGAUUUCCYGUAAGAUAAAUUCUAGCUCUGGCAUUUGUCCUGUGCUUUUUCCAUGUGGCACAAAAGCAUGUAAAUGUCUUUGGGACUGCAAAUGUCCUGUUUGCUGGUUGGUCCCUCUGUGAUUAUGCCCUCCUGAGAUGAUUACAUGAUUAAUAUAACCAUAUUUAUGUCAAUGAAUAGAAAAGCUUUACACCAUAUCUGUAAUAUUCUAUAGCAAGUGAAAAAGGCAUCCAGCUGUCCAAAACAGAUUGGAUUAGUUGCUUUUCUUUACAAUCCUCAUGAGCAACUUAGCAAUUUGAGCGUCAAUUUGCUGUCAAUAUCUUGAAUAGAUGUAAAUAAUCACACUAUUUCAAAAAUAGGGACAUAACUGUUGUAAUAUUUAUAUUGCCAAUAUCUGCAAUAUUUGUUUUUAAUUGAGAAUUAUUUGGAUUGGAAAUAUAAUAAAGACUGGCAGCCUAAAAGGA